ACACAUAAAGUUCUUAGUCCAAUCAUUAUCGUAAAUAACACUUGGAAAGUGUAUUGAACACAAUAUCCUACAGGCUCCACCGUUUCAACAAAAUAAACAUCUAGACGCUUAAAUAAUAGAACAAUUAUAUUUCCGGAUACUUAUGAAUCAGAGUGUACAUGUAUAGGUUUGGAGGAGUGAAUGUCUACUGCCUACCGGGCACGUGUCACACGAACUGAGUACAUAUAUACCACUGCCGUUCUGCGGGAACCAACAGUUUACUUCUACUGUUUGCCACCACAUUUCUCCGAAUCGUGUGUCUAUUCGUCUCAAAGACAAAGUUAUCAAUAAUUAUUCACAAUCCGCGCCAAAGAGGUACUAAACCAUAAUGAAAGUGUUUUGGAGGAUACUUGCUGUGAGUUUGUUGUGUUUGGAAGCAAAAAGAGUAAAUGGUCUGCAAAGAUGGGGUUCUCAGUACGGAAAGGCACCACUUUUGGAAAGAUAUUUCUGGAGAACAUUGGACUUUGCCUAUCCAGAUGAAGCGAGUAGACAAAUGGCGAUGAUGAAGGGAGAUUAUGUACCAGAGAACGCGUUACCUGUUGGUAUCGAAAUAUGGCGAAACAAAUUGUUUGUCACCGUACCGAGAUGGCGAAACGGUAUACCGGCAACUUUGAAUUAUAUAUCUCUCGAUGCAAAUCGAGGAGGCUCGCCUAAACUUACUCCUUAUCCAAACUGGGCGCAAAACAGAGCUGGGGCUUGUGGUAGUGCUAUUACUACUGCUUACAGAAUACACGCAGACGCUUGCGACAGGCUUUGGGUGCUAGACACCGGUACCAUAGGCAUUGGAAACACGACAGUGCAAGCAUGCCCAUAUACGUUAAAUGUUUUUGAUUUGACAACGGACAAAAUCUUAAGGCAAUAUAGACUGAGACCCGAAGACAUCAAUAUGAACACAUUCAUUGCGAAUAUCGCAGUGGAUUUGGGAAAAGGCGGUUGCGACGACGCGUUCGCCUACAUGUCCGACGAGCUGGGAUACGGAUUGAUCGUUUAUUCCUGGGCACAGAAUAAAUCGUGGCGCGUUACGCACAGUUAUUUCUUGCCGGAUCCUCUAGCCGGCGAUUACAACAUCGGCGGCUUAAACUUCCAGUGGGGCGAGGAAGGUGUUUUCGGUAUGAGCUUGUCCCCCAUCGCCGUAAACGGAUUCAGGACACUGUUCUUCCACCCUCUCAGCAGUAGAAGAGAAUUCGCUGUCUCGACACGAAUUCUUAGGAAUGAGCAAUUAUCUCAGGAUAGCUAUCAUGAAUUCCAGGUUCUCCCUGAAAGGGGACCACUCGGUCACUGUACCUCUUCCGUGAUGGACGAAAAUGGCCUCCAAUUCUUUAAUUUGAUCGAUCAAAACGCAGUAGGAUGUUGGAACUCUUUAUUACCAUACGGACCGCAGAAUCAGGCGGUUGUUGUAAGACACGACAAUGCUUUAAUAUUUCCGGCGGAUGUUAAGAUAAAUCGUGGAACGUUAUGGAUUAUAUCGGACAGAAUGCCAGUGUUUUUGCUAUCGACUUUGAAUUUCACCGACGUAAACUACAGAAUAUUAACGGUACCCGUAAGAGACGCGAUCGCUGGCACCGUUUGCGAAAACUCUCCUUGGGGAUACGUCAGUAACUCCAUUUGGUGGGAGCAAUGAAUUUCACUAAGGAAUUCGCUGAAAAUGUCAGACACUGCAAAAGUUUUGUACGAUUUUGUACUGUGAAAAUGAUGUAAAUCAAAAUUUAAAUAACCUCAACCACCUAAAAAUAUAA